AUGGACGCGCCCCUUACACCUACAACAAACUCGACUCUUAACAUUCAGACGCCUCCGACUACUCGGCGGUACGACGCGUACGAGGUGCGGGCUGUUUCUUCCCAGUCCGAAACCGACAGCGACCCUUCUCAAGGAUCGUCGCCUUUUGUUUCGACAAUCAACGAGACCACUGUGUCUGAGAAGGAGAACGCGUCUCCUACCAAGUCUCGACACUCUCGUGUCCUGUCGGGUGCCACUCUUUCCCCCUUUAAAAUCUUAACCGACCAAAUGGAGUCUAUCGAAUCGAGAGCAUCUGAUAAGUUCGCGUCGCUCUCGCGUACCCCUCGCAAAAAGUCGCCCGAGAAACGGUUUCCUAUUAAGGUCAGCAAUCCGAUCGAGGCGCCGCGCUCUCCUCUCGAACGAACGAUGAGCAUGGAGGAUGUUGUGCGGCAGAACACGGGCCUGAAGCGCGCUAUUGAGAUCUUCGAGGACGACCAGAGCGACAAUGAGGACGAGCACGACCUCACGACCGGCACCGUCCAUGUUACACCUUCUGCCCCCAUAGAAAUGGACGAGUCGAUGUUCCCUGACGACUCCAUGAUUAGCACCUUUAGCACAUUCUCUGCUAUUCCUGACAUGACCAUGUUUGCGAAAUUGGGUCAGAGCCCAGACAAGAUGUCGAGUUACGGUGGCCUAACACCCCGUGUCAGCGGCAACGCGAGUCUCUCGCCCGCACGAACUCCUCGUCCAAUGUCCAUGCACGAGACUGGCAACACAACCAACUUGCUAGAUUUCACGGAAUCUAUGCGGUUCCCGCAGAAGACGCCUUCGAGAAACCCCUCGCCAUUACGAACAGGCACGAACGUCGCUGCCACCCCAUCGCGACAGCUGACCAACCUCAUCGACUUUGAUAUACCCCCGAUGCCAACACCCCGAAGCGUUCCGAGCAUCACUCCCCGCGAGCUUGAGUCCUUGAAGUCAAACUUCCUUUCUGAGAUCAGCUCACUCAAAGCAUCUCUAAGCGGCAAGGAAGCCGAGGCUUUGUCUCUCAAGGCCGCCGUGGGGGAUGCCGAGAAACGAGUUGGCGAAUCGAUGGAACAGCUUCGUGAGGAGCGCGCCCUGAAGGAACAAAUUACCGAAGAGAAGGAGGGCUGGGAGAACCGUGGACGAGAGAUGGAGAGCGUCCUGCGAAAGGUUAAGAGUGAGAUUGUUCACACUGAAAGAGAGCGGGAGGAGUUGGAGCAAAAGUUAGAGGAGAGCGAGAAGAGGAGGGAAGCUGCAGAAAUGAUGCAUCAGGAGGCGGAAAGUAAGAUGGCGGGCAUGCGAGCUGGGAAGGAGAUGGACAAGUCGCCAGAGAAGGCUAGGAACCCCGGCGCCGGAUCCAACCACGAUGUUGAAAUCGCCGUCGAACGAGUUGCUCGCGAGCUUCACGCCCUCUACAAGGGCAAGCACGAGGCCAAGGUCACCGCCCUGAAGAAGUCGUACGAGUCCCGAUGGGAGAAGAGAGUCCGGGAGCUAGAGGGCCGCAUUGAGGAGCUCGGCGAUGAGAACGAGCAGCUCCGUAUGGGACGCGACGCGACUAUGACGAGAGUCGAGCCCAACAGUGCCGAAACUGAUGAGCUCAAGGCCAAGGUGGUGCGUGAUAGCGCUGCCAUGAAGGAACUCAAUGCCGAUAUCCAGCGCCUCGAAGCCGUUGUGCAAACGGUCCAGUACGACAACGAGGAACUCCGCGGUAUGCUGGAACGGGAGCGCGUGGAGAAGGGCGAGCUGGUACAGCUGGCUGAGGAGAUGAUGAACAUGCAAAGCGUCGUGGUCCAGCCUACUCCGGCUAAGCCUCAAAUGCCCCAGAUGCCGCAGGAGAGACAGUCUGAGGCGAAGACGCCCAAGCGAACCAUGGAGCAGCUUAGGAGCAGCACUCGCGGCUCCGGCCUGAGAGCUCCCGGCUCCAGCCUGCGCGCUCCCCACGAACGAACCAAGAGUGCCGGUGGCCUUCCGCGUCCGGGCGGCGCUCCCCGCAGCGGUAUCAUGAGCUCCAUCGAGAAGAUGGGCAACUACCGACGGGGAGCCGAGUAG